ACACAACCGCUGCAUGGUCGCACGCACAUGCCGUCCUUCAGCGUGGACGCGCAGCACCCAGAAAGGGGCUCUCUGCUCUUCGCAGCAGCAAAACAGGGUCUACUCGGUGUUGUGCGGACUUUGUUGGAAGAUUUCUUCGCUACGCCGGAUCUUCGACAUCCUGUCACGAACGAAACGCCUUUGUACGUGGCCGCUCGGAAUGGGCACACCGAAGUCUACGGGCUGCUGGUGAAGCACGGCGCCGACCCCUUUCUACCCGUGAAACAAACGCAGAGCACCAUGAGGAGUCAGCACCAGAACAGGAGUGUCGGACUUGGACCUACUCAACACACAUAUAAUCUGCAAGCGGCAAGUGCGGUGGCAUCGUAUUCGUAUUUCACGGAAGAGAAAGCGCCCUAUCUAGUGCACCACGUCGAGCGGGAAUAUGCGAGACUCUUGAGUCUACAACUCGCGAGUCUGCAAAUAUCGUCUCCACCGCCUGUAGGGAGUACGCAGACGCAGACGACUGGGCAAUUAUAUGGUGCGGCUGCAACUCAAGCAGGGCUGUCACUGACACGACCAGAAACGCAGUCCCAAACGACAGCAACAACAACAUACAGCAGCAUCAACAUACAGCGUCCAGUGGAACAAGCAGCACGUGGCCAACAAGCGGCGUCGACUGCAUCUGCGUUUGCGCCAGUGAUUAUGGGUGCAGACGGCUGUUUUAGACCGAAUCCAGCAUGGGAGCAACAGAAUAUGGCACAAGUAGAAGUACCUCCGGUCGUGGUACACGACCCACAAGUACAGGCCACACCACUCGUGCAGCAGGGCUCACAAGCGGUGCAGCGGGCGCCACAGCCACAAGAAGUUGGACGAGAGCAGGUACAGGAGCGUGCUCUUGUGGCGCAGCAGUCUUUAUUAAGUUCAAGUGGAAUUAUGGUGGGAAGCAGUUCACCGUCUCCCGUAAGAGGUCACAACCGUAGUAGACGAGUUCGUCUGGCGGUAUCGAACUCCUUCCACAGUCGUCGAAAGAAAGCUAAGAGAGCCCAAAACGCAGCAGCGGGAGAGCUGAAGAGGAAUUCGAAGGCCCAAUCAGAAGAGCCUUCUCCUGUCCUACCUCCGCUGAGCCUUGAGACCGAAGGUUUAGAAUCAGAAGGCGAAGGUUGUAGCCGCGAAUUGUACAACCGGUACAAGGAAAGAACGCCCGAACUAGGAGCAGAACAAAGUUCCCUUCACUUACUUGCAGUGAAAAGGUUGGGGGAGACGGAUGCGGCGAUGGCUAAGCGCUACCUGGAAUUUGUCCCACCUUUUCGUCGUCAUAGUGAAUCCUCUAGUUGUACAAGAAAGCGAGCUUCGUCUUCGUCUGCUAGUGCUGUACGGGCGACAAGGCCUUCCUCUGCUGGACCACGAGGUGGUACAAGAACAGGCACAACCUUGAGAACGACCUCCCUGUCCCUAUCAUCUUCAGAAGCUUCUAGUAGUAAUGAUAGAAGCACCAGCUUGAGGCUCAGGUCUGGAUCAGAAUUUGAUGGAUCAACGGUAACCCCAGUAAACUCCUCAGGUUCAGCUGUCUCAGGCUCAGCGUCAUCCCAUAGCCAACAAGAAUCACCUUCAUUUCCAGAUCCACCCUCAAGAACCUCAUCAGUCACAACUGAUGCUAAUACUACGCCUCCCGCAAUGUCUGCAGCCUCUGCUGGCGCUUCAUCGAUACCUACCGAUCAUAGGAAUGCAGGAGGAGCACCAGAUGUCACCUUUACUGUGGCACAGCCGACACAGCAGAUGACACAAGUUUCUCACGCAGAACUGAUGCAGCAGUCGGCAUCUGCGGGAUCCCUGUUCCAGCAAUUGGGGGAUAUUUUUUCCGGUCUUGCAGCAGAUAUGUACCAAGCAGCUACUUCUCGUCUGGCUCCUGACACUGGAGGGACGCCUCAAGUUCCACUUGAUGGGAGGAGUGACAUGGAACAAGAAACCCAAAGCACGAGGAGUAAUGUUAUUCGGAUUUAGGAGAUGACUGCAGCUUAUUGUGCUAUCUAUGAGUAUCAACACUAUUCAUGUUUAUUCUCAAUUUUUGCUAUCUUCAUCUCAUAUGGUACUACGGUUGUUGUGAUGCGCUGUCCGCAUGCGCAGUUACCGACACCUAACUUAGUAAGUAGCUAGAUGAUAAACUUAAAUAGGUACUUAUUUUCAUUUUUUAAAGAAAAGAGUCGAGGCAUUUUAUUCUAUUCUGUCCUACAUAUUUUUCUGGUGCCUGUGCGCAUAUUAACCAAUCGUUUUUAAAGAGUUUGAGUAUUGCAAAUUCAUGAUCUCCGAGAUGUGAAAAUUGGAUGUGAAGAAAUACAUCUACAAGAGUUCUAGUGCUGUAUUAAGAAGUAUGCUUUUGCCGGUUUCGGAAGUAGUUUGUCGUAAGAAAGUGCAAAAUCUAUCACACUUAAAGAUCUGAGGCUGUCCUUAUUUCCCGCACUAUCUCAAGUGCUACUAGUACUGCCACUUAUAGAAGGAUAACAAGGAAAAAGAUGACUGUCACUCGCUCCUGUUGUACUAGUCUAUCAAAAUAUAUUAAGCAUUAACCCAUGCAAAACGUCGAUGUCGUUACAUCAUUAAUUAAUCUACUGCUUGAGCAGCCUAUACUGAAACCUAGGUAGUAGAAAGGUGUAGAAGGUUGACUCUUGUACUUGUUGUCUUGUAGACUGGUUUUUUCGAGUUUGUGGGUAUGCUGGACUGAGUUCUUAGGGCACUGCGGAACCUGAAUGAUUCACCAACCAACUACAUGCAUCCUUUGCCUUAACCACUACAUGCAUCCACCUACUUUCUUGUUCUAUUUGAACUGUUACUUAUUUUCAUGUCUCCGAACGAGAAGAGGUUGGAGGUUCUCAAGAAAUCAGGGUGUCUGUAUAAAUAUGUAAGAAGCUCAUAGCGUAAGAC